UUUUUAUAACUCAAGUGAUUCUUCAAGUUAACCCUUCCCACCUUCACUCCUGGUUUCAAGUUUCGCUCCUCUCUGCCUUAGGUACCUAGUAGGUAGGCAAUUUACGAAGACAUCCCUUCGUAUAGUGUUGUCUGUCCUAUACGGUCUAGAUCAAGAGUCGUACCAAGGAAGAAAAAUUAUCUACCAAGAUAACGCAGGGGAACAAGACAACUUCACCAUGGGGUUCAACACGCUCUUGCUGUCUCUGGCAACGCUGCCGCUGCUCGCCAAGAGCGAGACCGUGCUCGGCGUGUACAUCUUCCACCGGCACGGCGACCGCACGCCCAAGAGCCUGCCGCCGGUGAACCUGACGGCGCUGGGCGCGGACGAGGCCUUCCAGUCCGGCAGCUUCUACCGGUCGCGGUACGUCGCGUCGGACGCCAGCGCACCCAUCGUCGGCCUCAGCUCCGACAUCGCCGUCCCCUCCCAGCUCAACGUCGUCUCCCCCUCCGACUCCGUGCUCCAGAGCUCCGCCCUCGCCUUCCUGCAGGGCAUCUACCCGCCCGCAGGCGAGCUUAGUAUGUCGGUGCUCGCCAACUCGUCGGAGGUCCAGGCGCCGCUCGGCGGGUACCAGUACAUCCCCGUGACGACGUCGGCGACGGCGUCGACGAGCACCAACGCCGAGAGCAACGAGUGGCUGCAGGGCGGCUCCGGGUGCGGCAACGCCGUCGUCAGCUCGAACAACUACUUCUCCUCGUCCUCGUACCUCUCCACCCUAUCCCAGACCAAGACCUUCUACUCGGACCUGCUGCCGGUCAUCAACACGACCUUCAGCGCCAGCCAGGCGACGUUCAAGAACGCGUACACGAUCUUCGACUACGUCAACGUCGCCACCAUCCACAACGCCUCGAUCCCCGGCGAGGAGCUGCUGACGAGCGAGACGCUCAGACAGCUCCGCACCCGCGCCGACGAGCACGAGUUCAACCUCGCGUUCAACGCCUCGGAGCCCAUCCGCGCCAUCGCGGGCGCGACGCUCGCGGCGCAGGUCGUGCAGCAGCUCAACGCGACGCUGAGCGGCGGGGGGGCGACGCCGCCGCCGCUGGGCAUCCAGUUCGGCGCGUACGCGUCGUUCCUGUCGUUCUUCGGGCUCGCGCGGCUGCACGAGGUGUCGGACGACUUCACGGGCGUCGUGGACUACGCGUCGUCGAUGGUGUUCGAGCUCGUCACGAACGCCUCGGACGCGGCGCGCCCGGUCGACGCGUCCGAGGUGGCGGUGCGGUUCCUGUUUGCGAACGGCACGGCGGCGGCGAACCCGCUGACGCCGUUCCCGCUGUUUGGCACGGGCGAGACGGUGUUGCCGUGGGAGAGGUUCGCGGAGGAGAUGGGGAGGUUCGCGGUGGGGGAUACGGCGGCGUGGUGUGUGGCGUGUGGGAAUACGACGGGGCAGUGUGCUGCUGUUGGCGCUGCUGGUUCUUCUUCUGGCAAUGAUGCUGCUAAUGGCGGUGGUGAUGGGGGUAAUGGAAUAUCUCUCCCGGUUGCGGGCGUCAUUGGCGCUUUGGUCACACUCGUGGUUAUCCUCGCGGUCGAGGGCCUGGUGUACGCGCUCGCAGGCCUGAAGCUCGUGAAGAAGUCGGCGUUGGCGGCGGGUGCUGCGGCGGGUGCGGCGGGUACGGGUGGUGAGGCGGCGGGCUCGAAGGCGUAGGUUAGGCUAGGUUAGGGGGGACGAUUGGUGUACGGUCUACCUACCUAGUGAUAGUUCAGACUUUGUGUAAAAGUAUGUGUGAGGGAGAGUGAGAGAUGUAAGAUGAUGAUGAUUAGGAUCGAUAAUAAGAAAGGGCAAGUUAGUUAGUCAGCGAUGAUACCAAUGAACGAUUUCGACAGAUAUAGCUUGGUGUGCUGUUGUAAUGUGCAGUGAUCUGUGGGUGGUUUCUUCGUGUGCUCUAUGGGGUUUGACUUCGUAGUCUGGUGGUUUACAUGAGGGGGGAGAGGAUAGGGGUGUUCUUGUUCUGUCUACUAUCAACGAUGCUUACAUAGGGGAGUUUGAUGUAAC